AUGGAUUCCAUUCCACAGCGUCACACCACGUCGAGCUCCCCACUCCAAGAAAUUCAACAACCUCCAGCUCUUGCCGUCAGUAACAUUGAAUCGACUAGUAGAUCGAGGCGUAAUAAACCUCGUGAUACAAAACUUCGUCAACAAAAAUUACCUGCAUGGCAGCCGAUACUAACUGCGUCAACAGUUAUACCGACAGUUUUUGGAAUUGGCGUUGUUUUUCUACCUAUUGGUGUCGCUUUAUUCUUAGCCAGUCAGGGAGUGAAAGAGUCGAUCACGGAUUAUACAGCAUGCAGUGUGCCUUCACAUAAAGCUUGUGAAUUUGUGAUUAAAUUGGAGAGCGAUUUUCAGGGUGAUGUUUAUUUUUAUUAUGCAUUGGACAAUUACUUUCAAAAUCAUCGGCGGUAUAUGAAAAGUCGCAGUGAUAGCCAACUUCUAGGCGAUCUUCAGAAUGUGGGCGAUUGUGAGCCAUAUGCAUAUUUAAACACAUCAUCAGGCCGGAAAAUUAUUGCUCCCUGUGGUGCAGUUGCGAAUUCCAUGUUUAAUGAUUCGUUUACAUUGUAUCGUAAUGGCAGCAAUGAUUCAGUACCUUGGACUUAUAAAGGUGUUGUUUGGCCAGUUGACAGGAACAGAAGGUAUAGGAAUCCACCUGGAAAAGACCUUCAGCAGGCUUUUGUGAAAACUGUGAAACCUCCUAAUUGGCAAAAGGCAGUAUAUGAAUUAGAUCCAGAUAAUUCCGACAAUAAUGGAUUUUUAAAUACUGAUUUCAUCGUAUGGAUGAGGACAGCAGCUUUACCUGAUUUUAGGAAGUUGUAUCGUAUUCUAGCCCGUUACAAGAACCCAUUAUACAAGAAUGGCUUGCCUGCUGGAAUAUACAGUCUUGUGAUCCAGAAUAAUUACCCAGUAACAGUGUUUGGCGGUCGGAAAUAUUUUAUAAUAAGUACAACAUCUUGGGCAGGUGGUAAAAAUGCGUUUUUGGGUAUUGCUUAUAUUGUCGUUAGUGGCAUUUGUAUCUUGUUCGGUGCAGUUUUCCUGUUAAUACAUCUGAAAUUCGGCACAUCAUCAAAUGAAGCUGGGAAUAUUUCUCAAGUUUCACGAUAG